ACGUUUCACUAUGCCGAGCCACAAGUGGCACAGGUGGUUUCCAGAACUCCAUAUUAGAUCGCGAUGUCACCAAUAAGUAACUUUCGUGGGAUGCCGUUUUCGAUUUACCAUGUAUAUGUCACCUAUUCAUCUUCUACUAGGGCAUCGACAUCAUGCUCGGACCGAUGGCACCCACAACAGGAAGAGCGGAGGCUGCCGAUUUCUCAUCUCCUUACGACGUGAAUUACGUCAGCCUUAUGACUUGGAAGCCGGUGAAGUUCGUCGACCCUUUCAACUUCGUCUUGUCUUUCGAUCUGAACGUCUGGCUGAGUAUUUUCUUCUCCUGGCUCCUUCUAGCUUUCUUCACAGCCAAGAUGGACAUCAUUUCGGGCACCUUGUUUCGAUACAAGAGCAGGUCAUUUCCCGAGUACUUCUGGAUCUACUUUAAGCUGCUUUUUCCCAACAGUUAUCCUAGCAACAAGGCAUCUUGGUUUCGGCUCCUGGUCGGAAUAUGGCUCAUUUCUCUAGUAGUCAUCAUGGGCCUCCUCAACUGCACGCUCACUUCUACGAUGCUUGUGAGGAAGACAACGGACUACGUGGACAGCUUUGAAGACUUGGUGCGCUUUCCCAAGGUCAAGAUCGCCACAGAGAAGCUGACUUACUUUUCGAGGCUCCUGAAGGAUCCCGUGGGAGAAACCUUCAGCAAACUGAGCAGCCGACACCAGCAAGUUGUAGGUAUCUACCAGGCCGGUCCGGUGCUUGAGUCAGUAAUGGACGAUGUUCUAAAGAAGAAACGGGUGAUGAUUGGCACGGACGUCAUGCUCAAGUCUCACAUCGCCGACCAUUUCGUGAAAACUGGGACGUGUCGGCACCACGUGACCAAGGGAAUAGGCGGAACCAUGAACAUUGUGAUGCUCCUCCGGAAGACAUUACCUAAGGAAUUCAAGAGGAAACUUGACAGAUUCAUCACGCACGUGAACGAGUGUCACGCCUACCACAAGGAGAUGGAAUGGCGCCUCCGCAACUACACCAUGUGCCAGAACGAAAAGGAUGACGGCAUCAAGCCUCUCGUCAUGGUCGACCUUCAGGGCGGAUUCCUUUUGCUUGGGGUGGGACUCGGCGCCAGCCUGCUGGCGCUGGUCGCCGAGUGGGUGACCAGGUACCAAACCUGGUUUACGAGGGUGACCAGGUUGACGAGAAUGACCAGGUGUCGAACAAAACGGCACAUGACUCUCAGAAAUGCCUCAGUGUUAAAGGAACAUUGAGGAAACAUAUUAAGCUGUAUUGUCAGACAUAUUAAAUGACGAAUAGGUCAAUGUCACCAGAACCAAUGCAAAUAAACGAGACGGUGCGACAUCAACUUGCAUUUCCCGCGCCAGCUCAUCGUGAUGUGAAAUAUUUCGGCAUUCAGUGUCUGCUCGGCGCAAGAAAUUACAUUAUUCUUCAUUCUGGAGUUUCACGUGCCAAAACAAGUUUUGAUUAUGAGGC